AUGCAGUCGUCUUUAAAAUUGCAGUUGUUGACUUGCCUGGCAUUGUACGCGUGUAGCGUGCAGGCGAUCAUGGUUAAGUUCGGCACGAAGGGUGGUCCUAUAGAACCUCCCACGCCGGAGCCACCAACCGCUUCGCCUCGGGUCUUCCAUGCGCCUGCGCCAGUCUGGGAGGAACGGACUAAUGACGCACCGGACCCUAACGCUCAUUGGCGACCCUUCAUUCCCAAACAGACCUACACUCAAGUUCUCUUUAACGCACCAACGACCCAGCAACCGAUCAACAACGCCCAACGUUUUGUUAACUUGUAUGCACCCAGCCAACCUAAAACAAAUGAAUACAACCCUUCUCAAGUACUUAGCUCUCAAGCUCUUCCCGGAUUCGGUCUUCGGUACUUUGUGCCCACCUAUGAUUGGCAGAAGAAAGACUACAGGCAAGAAGACGCAAGAAACAAUCAGGUGGAAACAAACCACGUGGAAAACUCGAGAGAUUCAUCAAGCGAUCUAUUGUGGAAAUAUGAAAAGGAUGCCGUGAGAAGAACUCUUAGAAAUACUUUGGAGUCCACAGUUCCAGUGUUCCAGUGGCAAUGGCCGGCGUAUGUACAACCUCGACAUUAA